CAUAAGAAUGCAAGCCUGGCGUGGGUGAAAGGAAGCACAUUAACAUAUGGGGCUUAGAGAAUCGAUGGCACAGAUUUUAUGGCAUGCUCAAGUUUUUCUUGUUUUUUUUUUAAAGAUUUAAGAAAUGUGUGUAUUCAAGUGUGUUCAGGUAUAAUAUAUACCUUAUAAUAUACUAUGUAUGUGAGUUCGAAUUGAAGUUUAACUUUUUACUGAAAUAGUCUGUAAAAUAACCUAUUAGUUAUAUUUGAAUAGAUCGAAUAAUCAAAUUCUAUAUUGUGUUUUCCUGCUGUCUCAGACAAAAACCUGUCAAAAUAGGACCCAAAGAAAUUGCCAAGACAGUCACUAAGUGAGACGGAUUUAUCUAAAACCUUUUACUGUAACUUCAAUGGAAUAUUUCACUUUGGAUCAAGUAUUAAAACAGACUCAUGGCUACUUUAUUUUAGAAGCGUAACUUUGGAGGUUCACUUAGAGGAUUAGUUGAAGGAUUAGAGACACAAGAUGGUGGACCCAGUUGUGUCGUCACGUUUCGGCAAAAGACCGCUGCUGGACAUCCCAGCCAUGCAGGUGUCUGGACACAGAGGGAUCGAGGUUCCGUCUCUGCAGUCGCCCAUUUACUCGGCCAUCAGCGCCAACCCUUUUCCAAACACCCACAACCCUAUGUAUGGACCUGGCGUUUACAACCAACAGCCUGGAUACAUGACUACUGGGGGCUUGAUUCCACCGCGCCCUGCUCCCGCCAUAUACAUUGACAGAAGACACAACUCAGCGCCCCAGAUGGGCUUCUACAACCCGCCACCACCUCGGCAGUACUUCUAUGGACCCAACGGUGAGGUCGUUCAGCCGGCGCCCUUUUACAACCCCCAGGGGAUGUACCCUGGCGUUGCGAACCCUUACCCCGUACCAGCGCCAAUGCCUGUACCGGUUCGCAUGCCGUACCCGUCUUACGGACCAUUCAAUCCUGGUUUCAAUAUAACAUGUGACCUGGAGUUUGGACGCGUCACAAACAUUAACGUUAGAGACUCAAUGGGCGAGUUCAGGGGCAUUCCAGACUUUCUGCGAGAGGAACUCAUGAGAACCUAUGGGAAAUUUCCGUUCACGGAAGUGAAAGUAAAACUGGAAAACGGAGAGUUCCACAUUUACGCCACGCACGAGCGUCGCAAGAAACAGCAGAGGCGGCGUCGCAGGGAUCGAGACUCUGACGCCGACAGCGACUCCUACUACGACGACGACGAUGACGACCAAUACAUUCGUUUCGAUCCCACAUACAAAAGCGAUAUCGACUCCUACACAAGCGGCGUUCGGCCCAGAAGACCAGGAGACAGGCCCAGAGGAAUCGUCCACGAAAAAGGAUGGAAUCGAUACCGAUAAGACAUUGUUGUCAGGCAUCGACUCCAGCAAUAUGAACAAGAAUAACAUUGUAGAUUACUAAAGCAGAUCCGUGCAGAGAGUUAUUCUUUUUAUGCUGUUUUGAUCGAUUCGGUUUUUAUUACAAAAGAUAAUCAGGUGAAGCUCGCGUUGCCUGGUAUUGCUUUUUCAUUCCAAGCAAGAUCAGUCUUAAU